AUGGAUUCCUAUGGCAAUCGAUCCCUCCAUAGCUUGAUGGACACAGAAACCAUGACAGAACAACAAUCCCCCAACAUUCACCUUCGUGUCCAAACCCACAUAGAAACAAGUGAUCAAGAUCUUCAGUUCACUUCACCAAGGCCUUCCACUUCUGAUGGUACAACAAUGUUUCCUAUGGUGUCACCAACGAUGUCACCAACCCCUUGUCCUGAAUCACCAUGGACUCUUUCCCCUCUCCAAUCACCUUCCCCUUCAUUGCUUUACCAAUGCAUCGCCUCCCUCCACCGCCACGAAGGUAACAUCUACGCCAUCUCCACUUCCAAGGGCUUAAUCUUCACAGGCUCCAACAGCAGCAGGAUUCGUGUUUGGAAGCAGCCAGAUUGCAUGGACAGAGGGCACCUCAGAGCAAGCUAUGGCGAUGUCAGAGCCAUUCUGGCUUACAGCAACAUGCUUUUCUCCACACACAAGGACUACAAAAUCAGAAUAUGGAACUUCGCAGUCUCAGAAACCUUCAAAUCCAAGAAAGUCGGCACCCUCCCUAGAAAAACCUCUCUUCUUUCAUUUCACAAAUCAAAACACACACAGAAACACAGAGAUUCUGUUACCUGUUUGGCUUAUUACCACUCAGAAGGGCUAUUAUACUCUGGCUCUCAUGACAGAACAGUGAAAGCUUGGAGAGUCUCUGAUACAAAAUGUGUUGAUUCCUUCGUAGCACAUGAUGAUAACAUCAACUCAAUCUUGGUGAACCAAGAUGAUGGUUGUCUUUUCACUUGUUCCUCUGAUGGAUCAGUGAAAAUUUGGAGAAGGUUAUACACAGAAGACUCUCACACUCUCACAAUGACCUUAAAGUUCCAACCUUCCCCUGUUAAUGCUCUGGCUCUGAGCUCCUCAUUCAACCACUGCUUCCUCUAUUCAGGAUCUUCUGAUGGGAUGAUAAAUUUCUGGGAAAAGGAGAGAUUGUGCUACAGAUUCAACCAUGGAGGGUUCUUGCAGGGUCACCAUUUUGCGGUUCUUUGCUUAGCAGCCGUUGGGAACAUGGUUUUCAGUGGGUCAGAAGACACUACAAUAAGGGUGUGGAGAAGAGAAGAAGGGAGUUGCUACCAUGAGUGUUUGAAUGUUUUGGAGGGCCAUAGAGGGCCUGUGAAGUGCUUGUGUGCUUGUCUUGAGAUGGAGAAAGUGGUGAUGGGGUUCUUGGUGUAUAGUACUAGUUUGGAUCAAACUUUUAAGGUGUGGAGGAUUAAGGUUCUGGCAGAGGAAAAGGUGGGUUUUGAAGAGUGUCAUGGUGAUCAAGGUGGAGGUAGAGUGAAGGAUAGAGAGUACGAUAUGAGCCCGGUUUUGUCCCCUUCAUGGGUGGAGAAGAAGCUUCAAGGUAGCCACUUUCAGUGAGAACUGAACGACUUAGGGUAGGUUUGGAUAUCCAUUGACGACAGCCGUGAAAACGGACUUUACAAAAGGUGAACAAGCUUCUCCCGGUGGAUUGAGAUAAAAGUACUUCAACUUUAGUUUAACUUGUAUCCAAACAUGCACUUAUACGUCUUUUGCUCGUCAACCACCAUAUGCAUUUUCCAUUGUUGUU